AAAUAGCAAAAAUUGCAAAAGAUCAAAAUUAGGAAAUUGAGUUAAAAUUGAUUAUACUAUAAAAGUAAAACCUUUUAUAUACUUUGUGUAAAUUACGACAAGCAUUUAUUACUUAUUUCCUAAUUUUAUCACAGAAGAAUGGCUUCUGAUAUAAUAUCAAGUCUCCAGCUGGAUAAACACACAACCAACAGAGUGAUUGUUGCUAAGGAAAUUAAUGGGUGUGAUAGUUCAUUUAUCACCAGCUGCAUACUUGGUCACUGCAUUAAAAGUAAGCAGGCUGUCCUGUUCAUAGCUACUCACAAUUCUCUUCUCCAUUACCAGAGUGUAGGAUUAAAAAUGAAUUAUAAUUUACAAAGGCAAGUAGAUGCCGGCCUUGUACAUUUUUUAAAACUAGAUGAGGAACUUGUUAAUCUCAUAAUGUCUAAUGAAGAAAAGUCAUUACAAAAUAUAUUUUCUUCAAUAAAUCAAACUGUACAAAGUUUGAAGGUGAAUAAUAGUGUGGUCCAUAUUAUUUUAGAUGGUGUUUCUCAUUUGUUUGACUUGCAUUAUAGUCUCAGAGAUGUUAAUAUUUUUUGCAAUCAAUUAAUUCAGUUAAAUAGAGGUAGCAUAGGCUCAUUUGUUUUAUUUCAUUGUAAUGUAGCACAUGAAGAUGAUGUGACUCAUGUGAUGGCAAACCUCCUUUGCCACACAGCCCAUACAAUUCUGGAAGUCAGAAACCUUUUGUCAGGUUUGAGUGCCGAUGUGUCUGGACACUUAACUUUAAAGUACCCAGGGCACAAGUUUGAAGAUGAACAUAUGAACACCAUUGACAUGAAACCUUCCCGGUAUCUGUUCAAACUAUUUGAUAGAGGUGUUAAACUGUUUGCCCCGGGCACUGUGUAAUCAACUUGGUCACCCUCAAGACUCCUGUGUAAGGGAAAACAACUGAAGGUAACUGUGAUCAAUUAUUCUGUUAAAUACCAGUACAUUGCAGGUUUAUUAAAGCUUGGACCAUUCCAAAAUAAAUAUAUAUAUAUUAUGGAAAUUGUUCAUGUCACUAAAAAAUUAUAAAUAAAUUAUGUAUUAUGUUGA